UCUCCCAGAAGAGGGUAUAUCAUGCUCAGCCUGUCCAGUCAUCGUCAUCCUGCUCUCACCUAGAUCUCAAGGCAACAACGCGGCCAUUUCCUAUAUAUACUCCCGAAUCUACUGGAUCAACGCUACAUAAUUAAUAUUGAUGCUUUCUAAUGGAAAAACCUACAGAUCGUGCCUGCAGCAGAUCAUAACGUUCUGAGUGGUCAUCCGACAGAUGUGCAGCUGACGAAGCUGCAACAGCGUGCCAAUGCACUGAUGUGCAAGAUAGAGCAGUGGUCCAAUGUCCAAUUGCUCUACAUGCCUACCGUUGACCGCCUGGCUGUAUCUGAAAUGGUGGGUGCACAAUCAGCUCGCGAGGAGAAGGCAUACAAAGUUAAACUACCGUCAAAGCUGAAGGAGGCAACUGAGAUCUCGCACAUGAAGCUCUCGAUGACCUUCACCGGCAACUUCAUCUUCACACACAUCUACAAAUUCAAGGACGCCUACAUUUGCGGGCAAAGGGAUAAUACUAUGGCAUCCGCCGUGCUCGAAAAAUUUGAUCAGGCCGUUGGGACAGCUGCUGCUCGGUAUCGCAGGACCUGGGCAGCAGUCAAGACACUGUCAGCGGUCCUGGACAAACUGAACUCGGCGGCUGAACUGCUGGUGGCCGAUGUUCGCGGGAUGUCUAAGGGAUUUAUUUGGCCGAUUAGAAGGCAACCGCACGCUUUCGUGGAUCUAGAAGUAGGGUACAAGUGGGCAGUGGUAGAUGCCAAAGCAAUUCCCCCAGUGCCAGUACCACCAAUUGAGGAGACAGCUGUAAUGCAUCACUAUGACGUUAUGGACACAGCAAGCAAGAAGCGGGCUCACUUUUUCCUCUUAUGUGCAGCUGAAGAACCCAUCUAUGCCUACACCUCCAUUGACGACGGUACAGCAGUCCACACAGUAAAACAAAAACGCGUAGCCGUGGUUAUAACCCGCGAGCCGUCCGCACUCAUAGUUCUCUGCAAGCACCCGAUGGGACUUUGGAUGAUGUUUUUUGUUAUUGAACUGAAAGUUAUCACUUCGCUUUUAUACACAGACAGUAUAGGGUGUCAGCCCAGAAAUAUGCAUCUGCUACACUGGUUCUCUGAUGCGCCCUUGCUGUCCAAGUCACUAGUCAUAUCCCCGUUGACGCCACCUGCGUUGUUCCGCAUCAGGGUGUGGACUGUUCGCAAGGUCCAUUCGGAAAAUGCUGGAUCACGAACCGGAUCGUUGAAACAACCGUGGACCGAGCCAUAG